AUGAUUUCAUCAAACGAUGAAUACCCAUUCUAUAUCAAAAACACAGGUGCAAACAAUGGCAUUCCAAACGAAGACAUUGAUGUCUUGCCUGUUUGGAAUAAAAAUAUAAAAGGCAAAGGAAUUCAUAUCCGAUUUUACAUUCCUGGGUGCAACGCUAAACACGAGGCAUUUGGAGAUCGAUAUUAUGAGAACAUGUCAUAUAAUUACGAAUCUAAAAAUCGAAAUGUAUCAAUUGCGGAAGAAACAGAUUUAAUUCUCGGCACUUCAGCUGUAAGUAUCGCAACAGCAGGUCUUGGAAAAGGACAUUACGCAGGAGUGGCGCCAGAAAGUACGUUUUCUGUUAUAGUUCCCAAUAAUAAAGACGUCAACAUUCAAAAUUACUUAGAUAAACUUAAAGUAACUAUAUCAACAGAGGAUAUUAUUGUCGAUCAAUCCACUUUUUGCAACUUUCCAUGGAUUACAUCUCAUCAUUAUUUUUACUAUCGCUACCUAGAAUUCAUUGACUCAUUUCUAAGGACGUAUGUUACAGGAAGAAUCUACCACGGUAUAGGUUAUUGUAUUCCUACUCGUCCACAACGUGAUAUGCCUCAUUUAUUUAUACAUUAUCCGCAUGUGUUGCAAGUUGCAGCAUGUGAUGUGAGAGGCGGAAUUGGUUCUAACCAUCAGCAUGACUUUGCGACCGUUGUUUGUGCUCCAUCUACAGGGCUUCCAAAUGAUGAUUUUUAUCCUGAUUUUCCUUCAGCGAAAUACAACAAUUUAACAGGAGAAAACAACUAUUCUCGGUUCUGUGAAGCUUCCGUUGCAGCGGGAGUUGCAGCUUUAUUGAUUCAAAAUAAUCCAAAUUAUCCGCAAGAGAUAUUCUAUGGAUUUUAG